AUGGACCGGAAGACGUGGCUUUGGAGGAAAAGAUCUUCGGAGAAGACAAUUGUUGUACAUGGAAAAGCAGAUAUUGCAAAUGAAAGUGACAGAGAUAAGGUACAGUCGCUUGCCAGUGAAAAAGAAGUGGCUCUCGAGAAUUCUCUAAAACUUCUAAACAAGAAGCUGGCUUCUGCCGUCGAUGCGUGUGCUGCUAAAGAUGAACUUGUAGUAAAUCAUGUCAAAAUGGCACAAGAAGCCAUUGCAGGGAAGGAGGAAGCAGAGGAAGAAGUAAGGAGCCUGAAAAAAGAACUCGAUAGAGCUUUGCAGCAGAGUGUGGUUGCAAACGAAACGUUAGGUCACCUAAAUUCUGCAUUGAAGGACUGCAAGGAGCAAUUAAAUUUAGUGAGGGAGGAACAAGAGCAAAGAGUGCACGAUGCUGCCAGGAAAACAUCGGAAGAAUUGGAAAAAGCACAUAAAAUUCUAGAGGGAAAACUAACAGAAACAAGUAAAAGGCUUGCAGAUUUGACUGUUGAGCAUUCAUACCUUAGCAAGACCCUACUAGUACAAGAAAAUUUGAUUGAAGAGAAAAAUAAAUGCAAAUCACAAACAGAGGCAGAAUUUAAUGCACUAAUGACAAGAUUAGACUCCACAGAAAAGGAAAAUGGUUUUCUAAGGUACGAGUUUCGGAUGCUUGAGAAAGAAUUUCACCUCCGAAACGAGGAGCUGGAAUAUAGUCGUCAAUCUGCAGAAGUUGCGCAUAAACAACACUUGGAGAAUAUAAAGAAAAUAAAGAAACUUGAAGCAGAGUGCCACAGGUUAAGCACCAUAACGCGCAGGCGGCUGCCGGAUCCGGCUCUCUUGGCAAAUAUGAAGAGUGAAAUUGAAAUGAAGGGAAGAAACCAGGUGGAGAAGGGAUGUAGAAAAUUGAAUUCGAUUAGAGGAGGUUUAGUCGUGAAAGACUCUAGAGCCGAAUAUAGUCCAAACAUCCUAAGUAAAAAGAUUAAUGACUUGAUGGAGCGUUUGCAUGAUUUGGAAAAGGAAAAUAAUAUUCUCAAAGAGGUUCUAGCAAAGAAAGUGGAUGACUCUGCUUUAAUUUCAGAAGUAGGGUACGUCAAACAUAAGGAAACUCAAACUGCAACAGAGUGCAAAAUGAUUGGAGCUCAUGAUAUCACCCUAAUGGACGAUUUUGUUGAAAUGGAGAAAUUAGCAAUUGUUUCAAUUGAUGCCCCAUUGGGGAGUUCUUUUGCUUCUUCUGAAGCGAGUUACACGUUAUCAGAUUCCUUUGAGGAUAUGUGUGGGAAUAGUAUUUCAACAACUAAGGAACUUGUUCCAGUGGAACAAAAUGAGUUCAGUGAUAUUGACAACAAACUUCAAACAAGAAAUCCAUUGUUUAGAAAGCCCAGCAAUUGGCUUCAGAAAGUCAUGAUUGUGAUCUUGGAAGAAACCCGUAUUUCAGGAAGAAGCCUGAAUGAACUUUUUGAAGACAUUAGAAUGGCUUUGCACAGUAUGAAUCACCAGUCAAGCCCUGUUAAUUAUGAAAGAUCUAAACUACUUUCCAUUAGUGGCUACAUCACUUGGAAAUCUGCAACAUCUCCAAGAACAAUUUCAGAACAAGAAAACAUGGGAACCUUUGCGGAAGAAACGACCACUGAAUUUAACCAAUCUGAUCUGAACAGAUCUAUGCGUGAAAUUAUGGAGCUAGUUACACAGUUUCAUCCACCAUGUGCAGAGGACUGUAAUGUGCCAUUCAACUUGUUGGACACAGAUUUCAAUGCCUUAAUAUGCAAGCAGUCUUCAACAGCAGCUGAUUGCAUUAUUCGUGUUUUCCAAUGGAAUAGUUGUGAACUUGAUGCUGUUCUACGGCAAUUUUUUCAUGCAUGUAGUUAUUUACUGGAUGGGAAGAUCGAUUUUGAGAAAUUCAUCAGGACAUUGACUUCUACACUGGGAUGGAUCAGCCACAAAUGUAUAACUUCUAAUAAUAACGUUACCAUCAGAGAUGAAUUCAAGAGGCACCUAGGUGGGGAUGGACCAGGAACUGCUCUGGGACUUGAAUCUGUGCAAAACCUUAUGCUUGAAAUGGAGAAGAUUCAUUCUAUUCUCCAAUUAGAAAAUAAAGGAUUAAUAAAUGAGUUGAAUUUCAUGAAAUCCUUGGUAAAAGAUAUGGAGGUCAGUCUGCAGUCAGCGAGGGAGAUGAAUGGGGACUUCAAGCAUGAACUAGAGCAAUCAAAACAAAGUAUUGUAAAGCUACAAACUGAGUCGAAAGUUUUGAAAGAAUCAAAAAGAAUAAUUGAGGAUCAGAUUGAAAAUCAGAAACUGAUAAAUGAAGAUCCUGAUACCCCACUCACUGUUGCCAGAGGUAAAAUAAAUGAAGUUCUCCAGAAAUUAUCUUCUGCUGAAGUAGAAUUGGAUGACAAAAGCCAUUGCUGUGAAGAACUGGAGGCGACAGGUCUCGAGCUUCAAUUGGAAAGUACUGGCAGCAAGCAGUAUCCACAGGACAACGAAAAUCAAAAAGAGAAGCUGCACAAAACUGAUGUGGAGAUAACAAAUACUUCUGCUAAGUUAGCAGAGUGCCAAGAAACCAUCCUAAAGCUGGGAAAGCAGCUAAAACGGCUGGCUUCAGAAAAGGAAGCUCAAGUAGUCAACAAGUUUCUGUCGAUUGAAGAUAAAAGUAAUAGCAGGUCUAAGAAGCGAUCAUCAUUUCUUGAUCAGAUGAUAUCUGAAGACAGUGCAGAAGUUGAGGACGUACAACCUCCAAACACAAGAGAGAGUACAAGCCCCCUUAAAGCAGACAAAUUGCCUAUCUUUCGUGCAACUCCAGAAGCUUAUCGUGGGCUGACGCAUAAAGCUGAAAAUGCCAAAGCCGAGGCUUUGGUCAUUGUACCAAGCAAAAAGCUGGGAGGAGUUCUCAAUUUCUGGAGGAAGUUUCUGCUUAGGAGGAAGAAAGGUGGCAGUAAAAAAAAACCUUAUGUUCCGUCAGAUCAACUGGUUCAAAUUGAGGGAAUGAGUAGAAAGAGAGAUAAUUUGAACGUCCCUGGAGGCGGCAAGGCGCUCCUGAAAAAAAGGGAUGGCGAGGUCGACGCCCUACAGACUCAACUGAAGACUAGUGCUUCCCAGGAGAUGAGUGAUGGAGAGGGAGCUAUGGCCUAUGAAUGGUGA